AUGAAAACUUUGAUUCUAUUUUUUCUAUUAUUUCUGGUGAUUUUCACUGAAUCAAAAUAUCAAUGUAAAAACUUACAAGGAAAAUCAGUGGAUUGGUGAGCAAAAAAACUGAUAAGACUUUUGAUAUCGAUUAGGGCUUAUCUUCAGGUUUGUCGUCUACAAGCUGCCAAAAUUAUCUGGUUCCACGAAUGGCAAAAAUUUUGUGUAUUUCGAUUCGGAGCAAACAGCGUGGCAAUCUGGAAAUGAUAUAAAUGAUCCAAAAUCUGGUGUAGGCGCUACAAUUUCGCAAAUAUAUUAUUCGAAAAAAGAUGAUUUUCAUAUAAUGUAUAGUGAUGAUGAUCCAAUUGGAGGACCCGAUUCUUAUCGUGGACAUGCUAAAGGUAUAAAAAUCAAGUUCGCAACUUUCCUUAAUCUUAAAUUAACAAUUCAAAAUAAAAUUUUCCCAGGUGUUUCGUUAUUUGAUUCAACAACUGGUUUUUGGAUCAUUCACAGUGUUCCAAAUUUUCCAUCUUCAAAAAGUUAUGCGUAUCCAACAACCGCUGAAAAAUACGGUCAAUCAUUUUUAUGUGUUUCAAUGGAAGUCAGUCAUUUAUCAACUUUGGCUGAUCAUUGGAGAUAUAUUCAAGCCUCACCAUAUUCUUCAAAUGCUCCAGAUAAAUUUUUAACAAGAUUUCCAACUUUGAAAAAUGUGAUUGCAAAACAAUCUUUACCAAGAUCAGCCACACAAUUUUGGACAUCGAAAACAAUAAAAACAAUAAAUGGCCAUACUUUGAUGAGUUAUGCAAAACAUCGCAAAUUUAAUGGGGAUAUUUGGAAUGAUAUAAUAUCGAAAGAAAAUGGAAUAACAUUGGCUGUUGAAAGUUGGUUGAAUGGAAAUGCUGAUGAUUUGCAUACAACUUGCACUAAAACAAGUCAAACACAUGAUAUUAUUGAGAUGAGAGUUAUGGGAGAGAAUUUCAAAUCUUCGAAAGAUCAUUCGAAGUUUGCUGUUUCGAGUUCGAAUAACAAUCCGAUUGUUUGUUUUGGAGAUCUUAAUCGACAGGUAAACCAGAAUUUUUGAAUUGAAAAACGGACCUAACCCCGUUUCUUCCAGAAAUCCCAACUUUCCCGCGGCGGUGGUGCACUUUGUCUUCAACAUCGAAAUCUUUGGGAAAUUUAUCAUAAUUCUGUUGUACAAGUUGAACCAUGUAAAGGAUCCACUCAUUUUUCGUUUGAAACAAUUUUAUUAGCGCUUUUUGUCAUUUUUAGUAUAUGA